AUGCCUAGAAAGGCACCAUUCAGUGCGGAAGUCCUCGGUUCAAAGGAAGCCGAUUUGGACCCCACUGAUACUCUGCUUCUGCCUGCUUCCGCUCGUGAUGAGCACCAAACAGUCAGCAGUCCUACCGCAAACAUCUGCGGUUUUUUACAAAAGGACCUCUCCUGUAAACAUCUUAAUAAUAUUGACAAAUUCCUAUGGUUGGCUGGGCGACCCAUGCCGCCCAGGCCUUUGAACUAUCAGGCUGCAACGUCAAGAGAAAUUGUCCCAGAUGAGAGAAUCAACAUGCACCUGGUCUGGGAAAGCUCUCGGCGCAUUCAUCUGAAACCGAUCCCGCGAUACCUCCUGGAUCAUCAAUUCUGGGAUUCUCACCUGAUCUGCGCGGAACAGUGUCCUUGUCUAUCCGGGCAUGGUUAUCCUGCGGCAGCGCGAGGGGAAUAUUUAUGCCAGCGAAAAGAGCUAUACGAAUAUAGUCUCGGACUUUUGUUUUCUUACAUUGCACUGAUCCAGUACGAGAGUGAUUUCGCGAUUGCCCAGGUACAUCAUCUAAUACCAGAAAAAGUCACAUGGGAGCAGUGGGUCAUAUUAGUACAGCAACUCUUGGAAAACGGAGCCGCUAAUCCCAAAAAUAUCAAUGCACGAUACUUGUUCGGCGAGCUUAGGCUUUCCCGGCUUAACAAAAUCUACGCUUGCCGUUGCGGAAAUGUGUUACGAGGUUAUCAAUUCCCCUAUCAAACGUACGGCGAGCUUUUCCGUGACUAUCUCACGCCUCUCACCGCGAUGACUAUCUAUGUCGCGUUGGUGUUGACGGCGAUGCAGGUUGGACUAGCUACCACGCGCCUAGGUGACAGCCUGCCAUUCCAGAGAGCUUCGUAUGGCUUUACUGUCUUUUCCAUCCUUGGACCGCUCAUCGCGAUUAUGUUGGUGGGCUUUGUGGGGCUCUUGCACCUUGUCAAUAACCUUGUGGAGACAUGGAGGUUUAAACAAGAACGAUUUGCAGGCUAUGAGUUGUUGACGUUACGAAGCCCCUGA